AAGUUGGGUAAACGCUAAUAUAGCAAAUCAAAAAGUUGAAUAUAAAAUCUACAAUUAUGUUAGCGAGGUUAUUAAUAAUGCCAAAAGUGCCAGUAAUGAUGAAAGCAAAGUAUUUGAGCAUUAUUUGAGUCCAGUUGAUGCAGAUAAAGCUGAUAAUAUUAGUCUUGUGAAGGGCGAGAUUUAA